AUGCCGAGAUUAAAGACAACAAGAGUGAAGAGAAAGAAGACAAAAGUGCUUCGCCAGGGGUUUGCUGCAAAAAGAAAGAAAACAUAUUUGCAGCCCCCUACAGAUUUUGAAGACGUGGCUGUGUAUUUCUCAGAGGAAGAAUGGCGAUAUCUAGAAGCCGACCAAAUUGACCUCUAUCGUCAAGUAAUGCUAGAAAAUUACCAAACAAUCCACUCUCUGGGAUACCAGAAUGAGAAACCAACUUUAAUAUCGAAAAUUGAGCAAGGUCAAGAUCUGUACAUUACAGAACUGAAAAAAACAUUCACAAGGUGCCCAUAAUUUCAGCACAGAAGAGCUCUAUACAUCUCUGUUAACACCUGAAGAAUUGGCCAUGGCACAACUGCAUUUAAAAGGUGACCUAGAAAAUGGUACAAAACCUUCCUCUAAUGAAAAUGUGAGUCUACGAGCCAGACGCCAGUACAACUUCAGAGACCGAGUUGCCGUGGAGUACACUAUGUUUUAUGAUGAUGUAGAGGAAGUGAGAGAACUUAAACCUCAAAAACGCUUGCAGAGGAAGUCGAGAUUUGGCAAAAUUGUCUAUGCCCCAAAAUUCAACACAGAAGAGCUACAUAUCUCUUUGUCAACCCCUAAGGAAUCAACACUGGAAGAAGGUCACUUUAAAGGUCUCCCAGAACACAUUACAAAAACCUCCCCUAAAGACAAUAGGAGCCUUGCCCCCCAACGUCAGUACAACUUCCGAGACAGAGCUGCAGUGGAGUACACCAUGUUUUGUGAUGAUGAAGAGAAAGUUAAAGAACUUAAACCACGCACAAACUUGCAGAAGAAGCCAAGCUAUUGUAAUAUCAUAGAUGCCCCAAAAUCUAACCUAGAAGAGCUACUUACAUCUUUAAAACCUAGAGCAUUUAUAGGGCAAGAAAUACACUUAACAGGUGACCUAGAAAACAGUACAGAAACAUCGUCCAGUGGAAAUGGGAGUCUGCCCCUGAAUCGCCGGUAUAACUUCAGAGACAGACUUGCUGUGGAGCACACCAUGUCUUAUGAUGAUAAAGAUGAAGUGAGAAAACUUAAACCUCACAAGAGCUUACAAAAGAAAUCAAGCUAUGGCAAAGUACGCUGUAGCAAAAUCCAACCGUGCACCUUGUCUUAUGAAGAUGAAGUGAGAGAACUUAAACCUCAAAAGAGCUUGCGGAGGAAGUCUAGUCGUGACAAAAUUGUAGAUGCCCCCAGAUUCAAGAAGGAAAAGCUACAUACAUCUUUUUUAACACCUGAAAUAUUGACAGGGAAACAAGUACACUUCACAGGGGACCUAGAAAACAGUACAAAAACAUCCUCUGAUAAAAAUGGCUGUCUGUCCCCCAACCGUCAGUACAACUUCAGAGAUAGAGGUGCGGUGGCGUACAGCAUGUUUUAUGAUGAUGAAGCUGAAGUGAGAGAACUUAAACCUCACAAAAGCUUGCAAAAGAGUUCAAGCUAUGAAAAAAUCCAGCCAAAGUGUGGCCGUUACAGUUGUACUGAAUGUGGUAAAAGCUAUAGUCAAAAACAAACGCUAGUGAAACAUCAGAUGGUCCAUACUGGCAUUUCUAUCUAUGUUUGUUCAAAGUGUGAUAAGUGUUUCACUCAACGCUGCAGCCUAAAGAGACAUGAGAGAGCUCAUGCGGUUGAGAGACCCUGUAUCUGUUCUUACUGUGGUAAGGGCUUUACUGAAUCUGGAUCAUUACUCAAACAUCAGAGAAUUCACACUGGACUUAAGCCGUUUUCUUGCUCGGAAUGUGGCAAGACCUUUAGCAUAAGUACCUACCUUAUUGUCCACCUGAGAACUCACACCGGAGAGAAGCCCUAUGUAUGUGGAGACUGUGGGAAAAGUUUUACUCAAAGUUCCAGUCUUAUCACACACCAGAGAACUCAUACAGGCAUAAAACCGUAUGCUUGCAUAGAAUGCGGGAAGGGCUUUUCUACUAGUUCCCACCUUAUCACUCAUCAAAGAACUCACACAGGAGAACGUCCUUACCCAUGUGGGGAGUGUGGGAUGGCCUUCAAGCAUAGUACCCAUCUUGUUUUACAUAAACGCAAGCACACUGGUGAGCGGCCGUACAAAUGUACUAAGUGCCCGCGGGCUUUUGCCCAGAGACCUCAGCUUCUAAAACACCAACAAAAACGUCAUGCAUAUGAAUAG